AUGGAGGGAAGCGAAGGCAAUAGCGACGCUGUAUCUCCUCAUCCAUGGCAGUCUUACAACACUGUCUACACAACUGCUAAAGCAGGAAUGGAAGGGGUUGACAAGGAGAAAGUACAGAGGGUAGUGUAUGAAAUGAGCAAAGGAUCCAAAUAUUUCCAGAAUGAGGAACGGAAGGAAGCUUUUAUCAAACAGAAAAUUGACAACAUGCGACUUCAAUUCGCAAAGCUUUCACAGUCUGAUUUAUCUCAUUACCAAAAGGUUGCUGAAAGAAGGAUUCUUGAGCUGGAAGCUUCCCGUGACCUUUCAAGGAUCUGGUUACAUGUAGAUAUGGAUGCUUUCUAUGCAGCAGUUGAGACUUUAAGUAACCCUACGUUAAAGGGCAAGCCAAUGGCUGUUGGUAGCAUGUCUAUGUUAUCCACUGCCAAUUAUGAGGCCAGGAAAUUUGGGGUUCGCUCUGCCAUGCCUGGGUUCAUUGCACGGAAGCUAUGUCCAGAGUUAAUCCUAGUCCCAACAGAUUUCAAAAAGUAUACACAUUACAGUGAUUUGACCAGAAAAGUUUUUCAGAGGUACGAUACCAAUUUCAUUGCUGGUAGCCUGGAUGAAGCAUACCUCGAUAUAACUGAAGUUUGCAGAGAAAGGAAUGUCAAAAGUGAAGAAAUUGCUCAAGAACUCAGAGACAGUGUUCAUGAAGAGACUGGGCUCACAUGUAGUGCUGGAGUGGCACCAAAUCGUUUGCUAGCUAAGGUAUGCUCAGACAUAAACAAACCAAAUGGACAGUAUGUUUUGCCAAAUGACCGCCUGGCUGUUAUGACUUUCAUAUCCUCUCUUCCUAUCAGAAAGAUUGGAGGCAUUGGUAAGGUAACUGAACAUAUUUUGAAAGAUGUUUUUGGAAUAAGCACAUGUGAGCAGAUGCUGGAUAAGGGUAGCUACCUGUGUGCUCUUUUUUCUCAGUCAACAGCAGAUUUUUUUUACUCGGUGGGUUUAGGUCUGGGAAAGACAGAUUCUCCCCAAGUAAGUUUUCGAAAAAGUAUCAGCAAUGAGAGGACAUUUUCUGCUACUGAGGAUGAAGUGCUGUUGUAUAAAAAAUUAGCGGAGCUUGCUGAAAUGCUGUCCACAGACAUGCAGAAAGAGGGUCUUCAUGGGCGAACAUUGACUCUUAAACUGAAAACUGCUUCUUUUGAGGUUCGGAAUAGAGCUGUGACUUUACAAAACUACAUCAACUCAAGUGAGGAUAUUCUGAAGCAUGCGUCAAAAUUACUGAAAGCUGAACUUCCUGUUUCAGUAAGAUUAAUAGGUCUUAGAGUAUCACAGUUUAACGGAGAUAAAUGUAGUGCUACCCCUGAUCCCACACAGAAGACAAUUACCAAUUUCAUUACUUCAGGAGAAGCCAAUAGGAAAAAGAAUUCUUUUUCAGAUGUUACAGAUCAUGACUUUGUCAGUGAUACAGAAACUGAUCCUUCCAUUGAUGUUCGGCACACAAGCCAGCUUGAUAGCAGAGAUCCUUUUGAUGGUAAUCAUUCAUUAGAUGUAAAUGACCAAAGCUGCACUCUCUGGAAAAACGAUGGUGCAGAGAAGGUACAAACUUCUGGUAAUGAAGCUUCUAGUUCUCAUCACAGUGGAUUUACAGAGUUGCUUGGAUCAACUUCAUUCCAGGGGCAGUUUGAGGGCAAAAAUGUGAAUGACGGGUCUAAUCUUCUGGAGGAGGAUAGACUUAAUUCUUGUCAGGAAACAGCAAUGUUGUGGUUGAAUGACUAUAAAUGUUCACUCUGUGGAACAGAACUUCCUCCAAGUUUUGUUGAGGAAAGACUAGAACAUUCUGAUUUCCAUUUGGCUGAAAAGCUUCAAAAGGAAGAAUCUAGUAUUCGCCAAACAUCUAUUCCGAUUCAAAGUCGGGAUCAGAAGCACAGAAUCAAUAGACAAAGCAUAUCCAAGAAGCAAAAGUUGUCGCAGAAAGAGGGCCGAUAUACGCCCAUUGAUUAUUUUUUUGUUAAGAAGUAA